AUGCGAACGGCUCUGCUCAACAUCAAGCAGCGUGGUGCUUACCACGGAUAUGUCGCUAAAUUCCAAGAGCAACUCAGGUUAGUUCCACUGGAACCAACUUUCGCCAAAGAGAUCUUUCUGAAGGGCCUGACUAGCGCCAAAUUGCGCAAACAAAUCCUUCGUAAGAACCCUCAGACCCUUGAGGAAGUCAUUGCAGAAGGUUUUGCUGAAGAAGCUCUUGAGGGGGAAUCAAAGAGCUCCCAGGCCUUCACACCAAAGAAAUCUUCCAACGGCGAUGCUCGGGACAACAAAGAGAUCAGACAGAACCUUCAGAACAAACCGAGGCCACAAAAGAGCAAGUGUAUAAAUUGUCAUCGUGGGUUUCACAAGUCAGAGGACUGCUGGGUCAAAUUUCCUGAGAAGCGUCCAACGCAACCGUCUGACAGAAAAACCAGGUCUCCAAACCAACCACGGCGUGAUAAAACCGACAACAAGGCGAAGUACUACGCCCUGAUUGACAAGCUCGUGGUGGAUGAGAAUGAUUCGACUCCGGCUUCUUUAAACGAGUAAAACCCCUUGAUGCUGGGCAAUCAAGUGGGUUUCGUCCUAAGCCCAUUCAACGGGACAAACUUCAUCCUCAUUCAGCCGAGGUGAACAUUCAGCUCGGAGAUCGUU